CGAUUUAUCUGAAUCUUAUAUCGCAAAUAAACUUAUUGAAAAUGUUCAAGCUGGCGAUGGAUAUCAUACUGUUAAAAGACUGCGGAAACAUUUGGAUAAAGAAAAACAAUGUGAUACAAUACCAAGACUUAAUAGAUAUGAUUGCAAUGGCAAUGUUUCUAUUAAAGUUGAUAUUGAAUGCAAGCUUGCAGUUAUUAAAAUAAAUCAUCAACUUUUACAUAUGCGACCAGAAAAUAUUGCCACCACGAAUGAAGUAAAGGGGUAUAUCACAGACAAUUUGGAUUAUACAGCAUCCGAAUUGUAUAAAAAAAUUGUAAUAAAUGAAAUGGAUGGGUUUAAAACAUUAACCAUGGAUCAGGUCUAUUAUUGGUGGUCAAAAGCUAAUAUGAUUCGGUAUAAACGGGAUGAUAAUGAAUCUUUAUCUGCUCAACUUCUAUUACAAGAAAAGGAUUAUUUAUUUCUUUUUCGUUUAUCAGAGCCAGUUGAUUCAUUUGCAUUUUUAACACCGUUUUUUUCUUUUUUACCAAAAAUGGCAUACGAAUGCCUUUUAGUUGACUCUACUUACAACACAAACAAAUCAAAAUAUGAACUCUAUGCUUUAAUGGCGACUAUUGACUAUACAGGAUUUCCAGUUUCCUAUCUUUAUGUUGCUGCCAGUAAAAACCGAGAUAUGAG